AUGGCUCCUGUGAAAAUUGCAAUCGAUAGGGGAGGCACCUUUACCGACAUCUGGGCCAGGCAGGAAGGCCACCGGGAUAUUGUGCUGAAGCUGCUCUCCGUCGACCCGCAAAACUACCACGAUGCACCGACAGAGGGCAUCCGGAGAGUUCUCUCCAUCAUCCGUGGACAGGAGAUACCUCGCGGUGUCCCUUUGCCAAAGGACGACAUCGAAUUCGUCCGCAUGGGCACCACAGUCGCCACCAAUGCCUUGCUAGAACGGAAAGGAGCCCGCCACGCCCUGCUGGUGACCAAGGGAUUGCGAGACCUCCUGAAAAUCGGCUACCAGUCACGCCCACGCCUGUUUGACCUGAACAUCGUCAAACCAGACGUUUUGUACACCGAUGUGCACGAGAUUGCCGAGCGAGUCACGGUCGAGGACUUUGAUGAAGACGUCUUCGGCGCCCACAAGGCAGUUACCGAGAUCCCUGGCGAACUCAUCCGCACCUCAAGCGGAGACAUGGUCCGCAUCAUCAAGCCAUUGGACGAGGACGAGGUCCGCGCCACGCUGAAGGACAUUAGAAGCAAGGGCAUCGAGACGAUUGCCGUGUGCUUUGCUCACUCGUACAUCUUCCCAGAGCACGAGGCGCGCGUCGGCCAGAUGGCAGCCGAGGAGGGCUUUUCGCACGUAUCGCUCUCGUCCGCUGUGGCGGCAAACAUGAUCAAAAUGGUGCCCCGGGGGAGUUCAGCAUCGGCAGAUGCAUACUUGACUCCGAACAUCAAGCAGUACCUCUCGGGCUUCAGAAAGGGCUUCGAAGGCUCGCACCUUGACGACGUCAGGGCCGAUUUCAUGCAGUCAGACGGCGGACUCGUCAGCCACAAGAGCUUCAGUGGACUGAAAGGCAUUUUGUCAGGUCCUGCCGGUGGAGUCGUGGGUUUUUCUCGCACCUGCUACAGCCCCGAGACCCAGGUGCCUGUCGUCGGGUUCGACAUGGGCGGAACAUCGACCGAUGUCAGCCGGUACGGAGGCGUUCUGGAACAUGUCUUUGAAACCACCACGGCCGGUGUCACCAUCCAGUCCCCGCAGCUCGAUAUUAACACGGUGGCUGCGGGAGGCGGCUCCAUGCUGUUCUUCCGCAAUGGUCUGUUCGUCGUGGGUCCCGAAUCCGCGAGCGCCCACCCUGGCCCGGCGUGCUACCGCAAAGGUGGACCUCUCACCAUCACCGAUGCAAAUCUGUUCUUGGGAAGGCUGAUCCCGGACUACUUCCCCAAGAUCUUCGGCAAAAACGAGGACGAGCCUCUCGACUUGGACAUUGUCAAGGCAAAGUUCGCAGAGCUAACAGCCAGAAUCAACGCUGAGACGGGCCAAGCUCUGACCCCCGAAGAGGUGGCUUACGGGUUCUUGGACGUUGCAAACGAGUCCAUGUGCAGGCCGAUCCGAGCGCUGACUGAGGCGAAGGGCUACGAAAUCGCAAAGCACCAUCUCGCCGUAUUUGGAGGAGCCGGUGGGCAGCAUGCUUGUGAAAUCGCCUCCAAACUAGGCAUCUCCACCGCCAUCAUACACAGGUACUCCAGUAUUCUGUCGGCCUAUGGCAUGGCGCUCGCCGAUGUCGUUCAAGAGGCCCAAGUUCCUGUCAACCUCGUCUAUGCUGGAGAGACAGUUGACCAUCUCAACCACAAGCUCGCAUCCCUGCAGACCACCGUCACACAACGGCUCCUCGCCCAGGGCAUCAAAGAGAGCGACAUGCGUUACGAAUUCUACCUCAACAUGAGAUAUCGUGGAACCGAGACGGCCAUGAUGAUCCUUCAGCCGCAAGGCGGCAGCUUCAGAGACGCCUUCUUGGAGCAGCACCUGCGUGAAUUCAACUUCACCUUCCCAGAUACCAGAGACAUCCUAGUCGACGAUGUUCGCGUCCGCGGCAUUGGUAGCAGCGGAUCUAUCUCGUCAGAUGCAGAUAAGCUCGCCUUUGAGCUUCAAAAGACCGUGUUUUCGUACGCCAAGGCAGAUCUUGUGGAAACUCGCGUUAAAACCUUCUUUCAAAACCACGGCCAGAUUGCGACUCCGGUUUACCUUCUCGAACAGCUUCUUCCCGGGAUGAAAGUGGCCGGCCCUGCGGUGAUAUUGGACAAUACCCAGAGCAUAUUGCUUGUGCCAGGCACAGAAGCCAAAGUCCUGUCAGCGCAUGUGGUGAUUGACGUUCCUCGCAUUGUCAAAACCAGCACAUCUUCGACGACGGUCGAUCCCAUCGCCUUAUCCACAUUCUCUCACCGGUUCAUGUCCAUAGCAGAGCAAAUGGGCCGUAUUCUUCAGAAGACAUCCAUGUCCCUGAACAUCAAGGAGCGUUUGGAUUUCUCCUGCGCAAUCUUCGGCCCGGACGCCGGCCUCGUUGCAAACGCCCCGCAUGUGCCCGUGCACCUCGGCUCGAUGAGCUACGCAGUCAAGUACCAGCACGAUCUCCUCAAGGACAAGCUGGUUCCAGGAGACGUCCUUGUCUCGAACCAUCCCGAAGCCGGAGGAGCCCAUCUCCCUGACGUGACGGUGAUCACCCCAGUCUUUGAACCGACUGGUGAGCGCGUAGCUUUCUACGUUGCUUCGCGUGGCCACCACACAGACAUAGGGGGGCUGGGCGGGACCUCGAUGCCGCCCAAUUCCACGGAGCUCUGGCAGGAAGGCGCGGCUAUCAAGAGCUUCAAGCUGAUCCAUCGAGGCGAGUUUUUCGAUGAGGAGGGUAUCAAGAACAUUCUGCUCGAGCCGGGAAAGUACCCGGGAUGUGUCGGAAGCCGCCGCCUCGACGACAACAUCUCGGACUUGAAAGCGCAGGUCGCAGCCAACAGAAAAGGAAUGCUCCUGAUACAAGGCUUGAUGGAGGAGUACUCUCAGGAAGUGGUGCAGCUCUACAUGCGCGCCAUUCAAGAGAACGCCGAAGUUGCGGUACGCCACUUCCUUCGCGAAACUCGUAAGGAGAAGGGACCGGUGUUCUCAGGCAACGACCAGAUGGAUAACGGCUCGGAGAUUGUCUUGACGGUGAGCAUCGAUGAAUCUGGAUCGGCCAAGUUCGAUUUCACGGGAACCGCCCCGGAGAUGUACUCGAACAUGAACGGGCCUCCUGCAAUCACCUACUCGGCCAUCAUCUACUGUCUACGGUUGCUCAUUGGCAUUGACAUCCCAAUGAACCAGGGCUGUCUAGCGCCCAUCGACGUCAUCCUUCCGAAGGGCAGUUUCCUGAAUCCUUCACCCGGGGCUGCCGUUUGCGCCGGCAACACUCAGACGUCUCAGCGCGUCUGCGACGUCAUCCUCAAGACUUUCCGAGCAGCGGCGGCGUCUCAUGGCUGCAUGAACUGCCUCGGUUUCUUUGGCGAAGUUCAGGACCCUGCGAGCGGGGCCGAGCAUUCGUUCGCGUUCGGCGAGACCGUGUGCGGAGGAUCAGGGGCGACGGAGGGCGCCCACGGCGCUGACGCGGUACAUACGCACAUGACAAACACCCGCAUCACUGAUGUCGAGACCCUUGAGCGCCGAUACCCCGUCCUGCUCCGUGAGUUCUCCAUCAGGCCUGACAGCGGAGGAAGCGGCCUGUAUCGCGGCGGCUGCGGGGCGAUCAGAGAUAUGGAAUGCCGCGCACCGCUUAGGUUCAGCGUCAUCACCGAGCGCCGGUCGAUUGCGCCCUACGGCAUGGCGGGCGGCGGCGACGCUGCAAAGGGAAAGAACUAUUGGGUCAGGAAGAUUAAGAUGGCAGAUGGCGAUGGCUACGAGGAACGCUGGGUCAACAUGGGACCGAAAAACAUGAUAGCCAUGCAACCUGGCGAUCGUUGUGUGCUUCUCACUCCGGGAGGAGGAGGAUGGGGGCUUGAGCCUGCUGCUGGUCCUGAGACAACCCCAGCGAGUAGAGACGCCGCUGAGAAAAGGGGCGAGACACUCCAUUCCCCACGCGCAGUAGGUAGCAUUGCUGCUUGGUCAACCGCACAGGCCGAAUCCUCCUGA